AUGAAACUAGCUGGUCUAAAGCCAAAUGAGGCAACAUAUGCGAGCCUCUUCGGUGUUUGUGCGGAAUGUGGCAGAAUUGAGUAUGCACGCAAUAUGUUUGACACAUUGCCCGAAAGGAAUGUAGUUUUAUGGAACGCAAUGAUUACUGGAUACAGGCAGAAUAAGCAUGGAUCGGAGGUGUUGGGAUUGUUGUACCAAAUGCAAAGGGCAGGCAUUAAGGUAGACCAUGUUAGCUUUCUUUGUGUUCUUGGUGCUUGUGCAGACCUACUAGAUGUGAGUUAUGGCGAGCAGAUUCAUUCCAACAUUAUUAAAAGUGGAUUUGGAUCAAAUGUCUUUGUUUGCUAUGCACUUAUGGAUAUGUAUAUGAAAUGUGGUAGAAUAUGUGACGCGCGACAACUGUUUCAAAAAUUGCACGCUCAAAAUCUUGUCUCUUACACCACAAUGAUUGCAGGGUAUGCUCACAAUGGCUAUGCCGAGAAUUCCCUGAUAUUGUUCUCUCAAAUGCAAUUGAAUAGCAUCAAACCAGAUGUUACUACUUUCACUGGCCUUGUCAAUGCUUGUGCCAGUCUUGCAUCUCUGGAAAAUGGGGAACAAGUGCAUGCCCACAUUCUGAAAGCUGGAUUCGAGAAAAGUGUCUUUGUAAGGAGUUCAAUUGUUGAUAUGUAUUCUAAAUGUGGAAACAUACAGGGUGCAUGGCAAGUAUUUGAGGAAAUGCCCGAGAACAAUGUGAUUUUAUGGAAUGCUAUGAUUGCAAGCCAUGCCCACCAUGGCUAUGGCCUGAGGGCUCUGCAACUCUUUGAAAAAAUGCAACAUAAAUCUAUUAAGCCAGAUAGCACCACUUUUAUCGCUGUGUUGUCUGCAUGUAGUCAUGCUGGCUUAGUUGAUGAAGGUCGUUUCUACUUCGAGUUUAUGAGUCAAGGUCACUGUAUAGAACCGAGAGUAGAUCAUUAUAUGCACAUGGUUGAUCUUCUCGGCCGUCGUGGACUUUUUUAUGAAGUAGAGGACCUUAUCAACAGAAUGCCAUUUAAACCUGAUGCUACCGUGUGGGGGGCUCUUGUGGGCGCGUGCAAAAUUCAUGGAAAUUUAGAGCUAGGAGCACGUGCCGCAUUGCACCUUAUUGAAUUGGAGCCAAAUACUGCUGUACCAUAUGUUUUACUUUCAAGUAUUUAUGCUGCAGGUGGCAGGUGGGAAGAUGUUGAAAAAGUGAGAAAACUUCUGAAAGACAGAGGAAUUAAGAAGCAGCCAGGGUGUAGUUGGAUUGUGAUAAAGACCAAGGUUAAUGUAUUUGUGACAUGA